AUGGCGGCGCCACAAGCGUCGCAUCGAUUCAAGCCCUUCCGCCACGACGCCGCCAUCGCCAUCCUCGUUCUUGUCGCCGUCGCCGUCGGCCAAUGCGACGCGCUUGCUCAAGCGCCGCGCCAGGGCAACCUCAAGCACUACAGCGUGCGUCUCCGCUCCUCCCUUCCCCUCGCCGCGUAUAGCCGGGGAUUCUCGAUCUACCCGGGGUGGACGGAUGACGAGCAGGCGGAAAACGGCCCCGUGCCGGCCUCCUUGAUGGCCACGCCGACCACGGUGGCGGCGGAAGCGCGGAACAUGAUCGGGCGCGGAAUCCCCCGGCGCGCGCGGCUGACGAUGGAGAACCCGCAGAUCCGCGCGCACGCGAAUUUGCUGGAGUAUCAGCAAAACCAGGUCGCCGCUUCUGUGGGCCUUUCCGCGGACGAAAUCACAUACAGCUUCAAGUACGCGCUGCACGGCUUCGCGGCGUUGCUGACGCCCCUCCAGGCGCAGAAGCUGCGGCGGCACGCGGCAGUGGCGUCGGUGCGAGAGAGCUAUGAAGUGCGGCCCCUCACGACUGACUCGCCCAAGUUCCUGAACAUGGGCGGCGACGGGUCGCUGUGGCCCAACAACGGCGGGCAGAGCAGCGCGGGUGACGGCAUGGUGGUUGCGAUCGUCGACUCAGGCAUCUGGCCGGAGCACCCCUCGUUCAGUGACUCGGGUUUCAGCUCUACGAUGCCAGCAGGAUGGACGGGCAAGUGCGACACGACGGCGGACUUCAAGUGCAACAACAAGAUCAUAGGCGCACGGGCCAUUUACGCCGGCGCCAAGAAACUCUAA